AGGCCAUCAGUAUUUGAAAGAUCGCUGCGCAAACUAGAGGAAGCGUUGCGGUAGAUAGCCAACGCGAAAGUGUUCGACGAAAUUUAAAAAAAAGAACUGCAAACACGCUAAUCACCUUUGAAGGCAGAAAUUCAGUCGUCGCAAUGAGUUCGCAAAACCUUAUCGUGGACACUAUGUACGGACCAGUGCAAGGUGCGACCAAAACGUCUCUCCUCGGACAGGAAUAUCUAAGUUUCCAGGGCAUACCAUACGCUAGGGCACCGAUCGGAGAGCUAAGAUUCAAGCCUCCAGUAACUCCCCUCAAAUGGAACGAACCUUUGGACUGCACUCAGCAAAGUCUACCGUGCUAUCAUUUUGAUCGCCGCGUUAAAGAGAUCGUUGGAAGCGAGGACAGCCUCAAGGUCAAUGUAUUUACUAAAACUAUUAACCCGCCGAAACCUCUGCCAGUGAUGGUCUACAUCUACGGGGGUGGAUUCACCGAGGGCAGCAGCGAUACCGAGCUGUAUGGUCCUGAUUUCCUAAUGCAGAAAGAUGUUAUUUUGGUUAGUUUAAACUACCGCACCGGAGCUUUGGGUUUCCUAUGCUGCCAAUCUCCGGAUGAUGGAGUACCAGGAAACGCUGGCCUAAAGGAUCAAAACUUGGCCCUAAAGUGGGUGAGGGAUAAUAUCGCCGCGUUCGGGGGUGACCCUGAAACUGUUACCUUGUUCGGGCACAGUGCUGGUGGGUGUUCAGUGCAAUAUCAUCUCGCCUCCGAUGCAUCAGAAGGGUUGUUCAAACGAGCAAUCAUCAUGUCGGGAAGCACCUACAGCAGCUGGGCGGUGUCUCCGCAACGCAACUGGGUAGAAAAGCUUGCCAAGGCCGUGGGAUGGGACGGCAAAGGAUCAGAAUCGGAUGCACUUAGUUAUCUGCGAACUGUCAAUCCAGAAGAUAUUAUUAACAACCAGGAAAAGUUGCUAGGACCAGAAGAUGUAAAAGAUGGAGUUUUCACACCAUUCGGCCCAACUAUUGAGCCGUAUUCCAGUGAAGGCUGUUUGAUACCAAAAGAACCAUUAUUGAUGAAUCAAAACGCUUGGGGCAAUAAGAUCGACGUAAUGAUUGGAGGCACAUCUGAAGAAGGUUUGAUAAUGAUGCAGAAAAUCAAAUUACAACCUGAGGCACUGAAGAACCCACAUUUAUUCGUUGGGAAUGUGCCCCCCAAUUUGAACCUUACCAUGGAACAAAGGGUGGAAUUUGGUGAAAAGAUGAAACAACUUUACUAUCCCAACAGUGAACCAUCGAUAGACAAUAUUGAUGGAUUUGUUAACAUGAUGAGCGAUUAUGCUUUCUGGCAUGGAAUGCAUCGAACGAUACUGGCGAGAGCGCAGAAUAGUUCAUCUGCACGAACCUUUGUCUAUCGAUUCUGUGUCGAUUCGGAACAUUUCAACCAUUAUCGCAUCUUGAUGAUUGACCCUUCAUAUCGGGGAACGGCACAUGCUGAUGAAAUAUCUUAUCUGUUUUCCAACUUCACCGAAAGUGUUCCCGAGGAAGACAGCUUCGAGUAUCGCGCGCUGCAGACAAUGGUUGGCGUGUUUUCAGCUUUUGCAACGCAUGGGGACCCGAACUGCGAACAAACAAAAGAUCUACUGUGGGAACCAGUAAAGGAAACCAAACCAACGUUCAAGUGCCUGAAUAUCACAAAUGAUGGGAUUGACUUUAUUGAUUUUCCAACCGCCAAACGUAUUGAGCUAUGGGAUUCUAUGUUUAUUAAUGAUCCGUUGUAUUAAAGUAUGAAAAUGCAGUUUAAAAAUAUGUGUAUUAAGUAUUCUGUUAUCAAUAUUUAGAAGUACAUAACGCAAAGCAAACCCGAAUAAAAAUAAAUUGUACGCCGAAUAGUUGAUAUUAUUAACUUUCCAUUUCACUUAUAAUCAUUAUAAACUGUAUGAUACAUGUACAUUUGAACGAUUAAUAAAAAUAAUGACUGAAUCAUAUACAAUGAUUUACAGAUUAUACAGGUUUUAGUAAGGAUUACCUGAUACAAUUUUAUUGUAAACGUAUCAUAUCAUAAAUGAUUUAGCUAGCUUUUACCCAACACAAAAAUUGAGUGUUUUCUUUUUUAGUGUAUUAGUGACAAUUCGUUUAUGGCGAAGUUGUUUUGGCCAACCGCCACAUAAGUUUUUGUCAUGAAGCAGCGGCAAUGUGGAUUAAAAAAUAGAACGUUUAAAUGCCGAAAACGAAACAAAAACGGAUGGCAACGCAGGUAAGUUUAAACUAAAUAUUACGAAACAAAAAAACUGAUGAAUAUUUCUUGUUUAUUUUCAGAUAGUCUACCUCCUUAAAGAAAAAUUGUAUACACUAGCGGAUUCGGCUGAGCCACGAAAAAUGUUUGCAAAGGUAAGUACGGCGGGAGCUAAAAGGCUGGCCCCAGUUCAGGGCAUCAUUUGAGGCAUCAUUCAAGAGAUUUGGGCACAAAAAACGAAAUUUCCGUCUCUUUGAAAAUAUAUGGGGGACAAAUCCCGUGACACCGUUUUCUGAACUGUAAACCAGCCUUAAAAUAUGUAUUCCGUGUAUAGUAGAAAAUUGAAAAUUUGUUUUCAAUCAAAUGAAAUAUCUGCAGUUAUCAGACGUCGCAACUCAUUUCUGAAUAGUGCGCAUGAUAGUACAUCCUUGCGUGCAUGAUGCGCACUACUAAUGAAAUAUUUCAAAUUGUCGCGACUCGCGUCGCAGCGCGAGUGCUCAAUCGCGCGGUCCGGUUUGGUGGCGGCCCGACAAUAUAUGAACCACAAUUGAUCCGAUAAUUGAACAGUCUUGCAAUGGCCAUACCAUUAUUGAAACACUAAUGCCCUCAGUCGCUCUCAGUACUAAGUAUUCAGGUUUUCCGUAUGUUGGCACAGUAACCCGCAAUGUCCCUUCCUUUAAUUGACAUUUGCCGUCAAAAACUUUUAUUGGCUUAAUCGAUUAUUUCAUUUAUUUGAAGUCAUUUUUCCAAAAAACAUAUGUUUGAUAAGUGUUUGAUGCCUCAAAUUCUUCAAAAUUAAAAUUUCAAUAGGAUUAUUCCACCUCUAGCGAUGUGCAUUCCUCACGCAUUAUAAAAAAUAAUGUAGAAAAUACAUUAGAGAGGUGCAAAUAUCACUGUAGGAAGAUAGAUUUCAUUAUUUCCAUCAAUUCACAUUUAGUUGCGCUCAAGCUUACUUAUUUUUCUUCAUAUAUUACAGUCAUUCAUUGUUUUCUUUGACUUAAUUUAUAGGAAUAUGCAGUCCAGGAAUAUACAGUACAAUUCAAGUAAUUGAUGGGAGAACAGCAAAGUCAUUGAUUGAUUGUACAACAAAAAAGAUAAUUGACUAUGUCAUUUGAAAGAAUCCGUUGAUUAGGAAAAAUCUUUUUAAAAAACUAUAUGAGAUGGUAAAUAAAAUGUUAUUUAAACUUG